AUGGUCAAAGGUUAAGGUCAAACAUAACCUAUGGGCUAUGAUCACAUGAGCGUAGAGUGUCAUGUUUACAUUUUCCGCCCGCCACCUGUAAACAAUAGAUAGAUGAGGGGUGGGAACGAUGGAUGACAACAGAAACACGAGCACCAAGCUUUCCAACCGACAGAUCCAAGUUGCAAGACGAAAUGUCGUUUCUGUUUGCAGAUUCUGUGUGAAGAGCCUUAUAGACAAGGCCUGUUUCAGCAACAUUGACGAUGAGUGUGAGGAAUUCAUCAACUUCUGUGCAGUUCUUGAACAAGUGCUCCUACACAGAAUCAGGCCUCACAGAACAUGGUACCGAGGUGGGGACAAUCGCUCCUUUUGGGAGUAUGUUCGUGCAGCGUGCCGACAUGUGCCCCAGAGCUGUAUAGCAAGCAUAGAUGCCAUAGAGAAUAUUAAGUCUCCAUCUGCUAAGGGCCGAGCCUUCAUUCGGUGUGCACUAAUGGAGAAGAAGUUGUCUGAGUAUUUAGGUGCAGCAACCAAGCAGCAGCAUAUCACAAGAAAGCACUACCUAGAUGGAGCCAUAAUGCUGUCUGAAGAUGCCAAUAUGCUGUGUGGGGUGUUCUUGGGCCUCAAUACUAUAGACUUCAGCUUCUGCCUGAAGGGGGAGAACAUGGACUUGCUGGGACCUCUGGUCAUAGACUUCACACCAUUCCUGCAGUUCCACCAGAGUGCCGAGAGUGUUUCUAGUGACCUUGAGGAAAUGAGAGAGCUGUCCAACUCCAGCAUCAGCAGCAGCAUCAUGAGCGAGGAUGUCGUGGACGACGCCAGCUGGAGGAACAAGUACAAGAACCUGGAACAUAAGUUCAAGAGUGCCUGUGAACAAAAGGGUUACCUGGAGGAGCUGGUGCGUCUCCGAGAGCGGCAAGUGGAGGAGAUCUCCACUGACAACCAGCGGAUGGAGAUGCGGCUGCAGUAUGUGGAGGCGGAGGGGCAGCGAGACCGGCUGAUGCUGGAGAAUGUUGUGCUGGAGCUCCAGGAACAGCUUGCGAAGGUGAAGUCUGAGCGGCAGACGCUGCACCAGAGGCUGUCUCUGCUGCUGUCCAUGAGGCAGCCACCAGGACCGAGGCAGGUCCGGGAGAUCCAGAUGGCAGACAUGGCAGGGGAGGGGAUCCAUUCCGUCGACUCCUCUGGGGAACUCGAUUUAAUCACCUCAACCCGUCACCUUCAGAGCGUCCAGCAACAGGACAACAAGAGCCUUCUGUCAGGGUCAUCCGGUCAGUUUACAGCGAAGGAGGACAACCACAGCAUGAUUCCACUGACCGGGUCACUCACAGAUGUCCAGAUUCGACCAAUGGACACUCCAGUUCAUCAGAGUGGGAAAACAGACAGUACAGAAAUGUCUGAGAUGCAGAGUCCCAGUCAUCAAGGUGCUGAUCCUUCUCUAGAAGCUCCCGGCCAGCAAAGACAGGAAUCCACUGACAAGGAGAGCUCCACGGAGGUGGAGGCUGACUACCGAGAGAGGGCACCUGCUCUAGCUUUCCCUAGCUUCAGUUGCGUGGAUCUGGAUGGUUCCUUAGACACUUGUGAGGAUGAAGAUGCUGGUGAAGAGUCUGCUUCAGUGGCAGAGGAAAUGCUGGGUGAUCCCUUGGGUAUUGAGAAGGGUAGAUUGGAACAUGCAGAGAUGGUUGAUACAGCAGACAAAAAUGUAAAUCAGGAAACUGAACCUGGUUCAGAGGGAAACAAACUUGAAAGCAAAGACACCGAUGAUGUCGAUCCUGAUGCCAAUAAUUCCCAUGGUGAUUUUGUGGAGAGUAGUGAAAAGACUCAGACCGUUGAUGACUGUCAUGAUACUUUAGUUGAGAGUAGUGAAAAGACUGACAGUGGUAAUAGCGAUUAUGAUAUUGUGAACCCAGAUAUUGAAAAGUCUUCCUCCAAUGAGUCCAGCAUUGAACUGGCAGAGGCUCCGGAUUCUGGGAAAAGUGAUAAUAUGGCUAUGGGCGACUCCACGGAAGAUGAAUAUUUGAGGAUUGGUAGUGAUGAAGGACAGAGUGAUUCCCCGACAGACAUUCCACAUGAGAAAAAACCCAACUCCGAUGAGGAGGCUGAUGAUUCUAAGAAACAAGCAUCUGAUGAAGAAGAAAUUGGUGCGACUGAUCCUGCUGAAAAUGUUUCAUCCAAUUCUGGGAACCAAUUGGAGGGAGAGAUCCAAGUUGCUUGUGAGCAGACGGCCAAAGAUGCUCCAAUGUCUCCUGGAGGGGAUUCCGGCUCAUCUGAAGGUGAUAAGGAAUGGGACUUUGUCUCAGACUCCCGAGGAAAUGGACAGACGCAGAGUGCCAAAGAACAAUCUGGUGAUGAUCAGAGUGAUGAAGAAGCAUCUUAACUCGGACAUGACAAGGGUGAACUAGAUGUAGUGUAUGGUUAGUUUGAGAAAAAGAGUGCAAUCACCAUGAAGACUUGACAAAUUGACCAAAUAUUUAUUGGAAUUUGCUUCACUUAUCUCGCCAGACAAGCUUUCUGUUUAAGAAAAACAAUAAUAUGUACAAUUAGGGUUAGAAUGAUACACGAUUCAAGCUCAGAACUCCAGAUAAAAUGAGCAAAAAAAUCACCAUAACCAAAUUAAUUUGGAGUUACAUAAAAGUAUGCAUGAAAUAAUAAAAAAGCCUGAUAGUUAUCAACACUGUAUUAUUCCCCAAUGUAUCCUUUUCAGCUUGUGUACUUGAAUGUCUUUACAUAUCUUUGUUUGCUGAUCAAAUGCAGACAUCACCUAUUUAUCAACUCUUCUGCAGUGAAUAAUGCAUCAAACGGCUAUGUCUCACUUAUUGUGAUUGAGAAUUGUAUUGGUGUUGUGAGCUUAUGCGACACACUUGGGGCAGCACUUGAAUAGAAGAAACUUAGAAGUUAUCUGCAACAGUCUUUUAAGCAGAAUUAUCUUAAAACUGUCUACACAUUGGUUUUAAAAUACCCAAGGGAGUUAAAAAGUAUUGAAUUCCCUAAGAAAAUUAUCCAAUACCCAAUGUGAAUGAUAACAUGAGUAAAUACUCAAUGGCCUAAGUUAUUAAAGGAGCCCUGCACACUAAUGGCAUGUGUUAAUUUAAAGUUUAGGGACCCGACUUGUUGAAAUGAUUUAUAUAUUAAGGGAUUAAUGUCAUAAAAUAAUGCUGUCCCAAGAAACAUUUAUGAAGAAUUUGGAGAAAACAACUCAUUUUAAAUCUUUAAUCUCUACAUUAAGGUCUUCAAUUCAAGUUUGUCAUCAUGUGACUUAAGUAUUCAAUAGUUCUGUAUGACAGCUGUAUUGUAGUUGUGUAGUCAUCUAGGGUGCUGAGAUAUGCUGUGCAGAGUUGAAUCCCUUGGUCACAUAAGAUACCUUUGAUCAUGGGUUUGGCCUGAUUACGUAUCUUGGUUUUCCAGCACCUUUCCCGUGCUCAUGGGUUUCAGGGGG